CCACACCUACACACAUACAUACACCAUCGAACUUCACCUCUUCCAAUUCAAUUUUACUCGCAAAUUUCGCCAUGGAAGCAGCCUCUCAUACCUGUUGCAGAAUCGACUCCCUUCCUCGCUCGUUAGCUUCUAACGAUUGCAGUACCAGAUUCACCGCCGGUCGCCGUUCCUUUCCGAGCAUUGUUAGGGUUAAGCGACGGAAUGGAGUGACUCGUGCUGUCGCAACUGAACCGAAGCCCAAGGCAGCCGAUCCUAGAACGUCAAGAACCGUCAAUGGAUCUUCAAUCAACGGCACUUCCACGAGAAUGGAGACAGUUUCACAAGAGAUUAAAAGAGUUAGGGCUCAGAUGGAAGAGAACGAACAAUUGGCAUCACUUAUGAAAGGGCUUAGGGGUCAAAAUUUAAAUGAUUCUAAUUUUGCUGCCGACGAUGUUGAACUUCGCCUUGUAGAGACUGAUGAAAGUAGCGAAUUAUUGCCGAUGGUAUAUGAUCCUGCUAUCAUCUCUGCAUAUUGGGGUAAAAGGCCACGAGCUGUUGCCACACGUAUCAUUCAAUUAACGUCUGUUGCAGGAGGAUUUCUUUCACGUCUUGCUUGGGACGUGAUAAAUAAGAAGGUUAAAGAGAAUGAAGUUUCUCGGGCAAUUGAAUUGAGGGAAAUUGUAACCUCUUUGGGUCCCGCAUACAUCAAACUUGGGCAAGCAUUGAGCAUUAGGCCAGACAUAUUGUCCCCUGCUGCAAUGACUGAACUUCAAAAGCUUUGUGAUAAGGUUCCAUCAUAUCCAGAUGACAUUGCCAUGGCACUUCUAGAAGAGGAACUUGGAGAGCCAUGGCAAAACAUCUAUUCAGAGCUCACAACUUCUCCUAUAGCA